GGAGCAAAAGCAUACCCUGGGCUCCAAGAAUUUGACCUAUGUGCCUCCCUCUCCAGACUGAACCUGGUCUCCUCUGCAUCAAUGGGCUACCAGGGACAGCGGCCUUACAGCUCACCAAAGAGAGAUCUAGAUGACAAGAAAGCUCUGGGUUCUGAACAUAAACAAAAAGAAAAGGGAAAUUGUCGGCAGUCUUCUGCUAUUUUUAAUGUUGUCAACUCAAUCAUAGGAUCAGGAAUAAUAGGGUUACCUUACUCAAUGCAGCAAGCUGGUCUUCCUUUAGGGAUACUGCUUUUAUUGUGGGUCGCUUUUGUGACAGACUUUUCCCUUGUCUUAUUGAUAAAAGGAGGAGCCCUUUCUGGAACAGAUAGCUAUCAGUCUUUGGUCCAUAAAACAUUUGGCUUUUCAGGGUAUCUACUCCUCUCAUCUCUACAAUUUUUAUAUCCUUUCAUUGCUAUGAUUAGCUAUAACAUAAUAACAGGAGACACUCUGGGCAAAGUUUUUCAAAGAAUUCCUGGAGUUGAUCCUGAUAACUUUUUCAUUGGCCGCCACUUCAUUAUUGGGCUCUCCACAGUUGCCUUCUCCCUUCCUUUAUCCCUGUACCGUGACAUAGCAAAGCUGGGAAAGGCAUCCCUCAUCUCUGCAGUUUUAACUGUGGUGAUCCUGACAUUUGUAAUUAUUAGGGUAUUCACCCUAGGUCCUUACAUAUCAAGAACAGAAGAUGCCUGGGUUUUUGCAAAUCCCAAUGCAAUUCAAGCAAUUGGCAUUAUGUCAUUUGCAUUUAUCUGCCACCAUAACAGCUUCUUAGUUUAUGGCUCCCUGGAGGAACCCACAGUGGCCAAAUGGUCUCAGAUCAUUCACAUAUCAGUUGUGAUUUCUGUAUUUAUCAGUGUGCUGUUUGCUACCUCUGGUUAUCUGACAUUUACUGGCCACACACAAGGAGAUUUGUUUGAAAAUUAUUGCAGAAAUGAUGACCUAGUUAAUUUUGGACGAUUUUGUUAUGGAAUCACUGUCAUUUUGACUUAUCCAAUUGAAUGUUUUGUGACCAGAGAGGUAAUUGCCAAUGUUUUCUUUGGUGGGAACCUUUCAAAAAUUUCCCAUGUUAUGGUGACAACAGUAAUCAUUACUAUGGCCACACUAGUGUCAUUGAUGGUUGAUUGCCUUGGGAUCGUGCUGGAGUUCAAUGGUGUCCUCUGUGCAGCUCCACUUAUUUUUAUUAUCCCAUCGGCUUGUUAUCUGAAGCUGUCUGAAGAAAGAUGGAUCCACCCGGAUAAGAUUAUGUCCAGUGUGAUGCUUCUUAAUGGCGUGGUUGUGAUGGUAGCUGGAUUCGUCAUGGCAGUUCUUCAUCCCCAAGACUGCAGCCAUGGACAGGAAAUGGCCUAUUGCUUUUCCACAAAUACUUCUUUCUUCAAUAUCUCUUCUCUUGAACCAACAACACAGCCCCCUGUUUUGAAUAUUAGUACUUUCUAG